AUGCCACGGACCUCAAGGAGCUCCAGGGAUCCUUGUGCCCCAUCUGAAGAUGUGGCCCACAGCAUCAGGGUCAGGAGAGUCAACCAACGUGUCCGGAACACCACCUGCAGGUUGACAGAAGAUUCAUCCCCAAGUUUGAGUGAUGCCCUCCUGUUACCCAGCCGCAUCAAUGCCUCGGCCCUAGGCCUGACUCAGUGCAUGCUGGGAUGUAUGUCCUGGUUCACCCGCCUGUCCUCCUUCCUGAGAACUCAGGCCCAGCAGAUUCUGUUCAACACCUGCAGAUGCAGCCUGCUGUGCCAGAAGCUCAUGGAGAAGAUGGGUGUCCUGGUGCUCUGUGCUUUCGGAUUCUGGGUGUUAUCUAUGCAUAUACCAUCGAAAAUGGAAGUCUGGCAGGAUAACAGCAUAAAUAGUCCACUGCAGAUCUUGAGGUUGUACCAGGAGAAGGUGCGACAUCACACUGGGGAAAUCCAGGACCUCCGACGUAGCAUGAACCAGCUCAUCGCCAAGCUCCAGGAGAUGGAAGCCCUGUCAGAUGAGCAGAAAAUGGCCCAGAAAAUAAUGAAGAUGAUACAAGGAGAUUACAUCGAAAAGCCAGACUUUGCCCUGAAGUCUAUUGGGGCCAGCAUCGACUUUGAGCAAACAUCAGCGACCUACAACCAUGACAAGGCGCGCUCCUACUGGAACUGGAUCCGGCUGUGGAACUAUGCACAGCCUCCUGACGUGAUCCUCGAGCCCAACAUGACACCUGGCAACUGCUGGGCCUUCGCGGGUGACCGUGGCCAGGUGACCAUCCAAUUGGCCCAAAAGGUCUACCUGUCCAACCUCACACUGCAGCACAUCCCCAAGACGAUCUCACUGUCGGGCAGCCUGGACACUGCCCCCAAGGACUUCGUCGUCUACGGCAUGGAAAACUCCCCCAAGGAGGAGGUGUUCCUGGGGUCGUUUCAGUUUCAGCCAGAAAACAUCAUUCAGAUGUUCCCCCUCCAGAACCAGCCAGCCCGGGCUUUUAGUUCGGUCAAGGUGAAGAUCUCAAGCAACUGGGGGAACCCGCACUUCACCUGCCUGUACCGCGUGCGAGUGCAUGGCUCUGUGACCCCACCCAGAGAGCAGCCUAACUAG